UUUUAGAGUAGAGUCAACUUUAUUAAUUGACUGGAUUAUAUAAGAUAAUAUUAAGUAGUAACAUUUUAGUUGGCUCACCAAAUCUGCUGUUCACCUACAGUAGUGCUAACGUCAUCUGCUGUACCUGAUAAAGAGAUUUUAAGUCAGCAAAUAAUCAUUACGUACAACGUCGAGUACAACGUUCUCAUUGGCACAAAGAUUACAACGAUGCAAAUAAAUUAUUCGUUACAUCGUAUUAGUUAUUAAAAAAUUGAAUCUGGAAGUGCUGUAUGUUCGACUGACUCUGCGUGAACAAACGUCAAGUUACGUAAGUCCCGAUAAUCCGAGUUAAUAUUGACUCUGAAAGUUUUAAAGAACCAAAAGCCGACAAAAAAAUGUGUACACAGAUGUUUCUAAAAAAGCUGAGCAAUCGAAAGAUAGUUGUGGAUGUCCUGGCAGUCUUGUUUGGAAUUGGUGCAUGGGUUGGUGUGAAUGGCAUAUAUGUUCAAUUGCCACUACUUGUUCAAUCAGCACCCGAAGGAUGGAAUCUUCCCGUGUUUAUGGUUAUGGUCGUUCAGUUUGCCAAUUUAGGGCCUAUAUUGUAUGCAAUUUACAACAAAUAUUUAGCAUGGGGGAGAGACCAUUACAUCAUAUAUGGUAUACUUGGAGGUGGUGCACUAUCAGUAUACGUUCUAGCCUUUGUGCAUCACAAAUCUUCAUAUAUUUUUGGAAGCGAGCACUCGACUUAUCUACUGGGCUUGAUGUUUGUGUCGUCAUUUGUUGGCUGUACAAGCUCAGUUCUUUUUAUGCCUUAUAUGAGAAACUACAGAGAAAUUUAUCUUGUUUCUUACCUUGUUGGUGAAGGACUAAGUGGCUUCUUGCCAAGUAUUGUGGCUCUAGUGCAAGGUGUUGGUGGCAAUGCAGAAUGUCGCAACGUGACCAGUCCAGAUGGAUCAUCAAAACUUGAAGAAUACUACCCAGAGCCCAACUUCUCUUCCAAGACUUACUUUAUUAUCCUGGGAAGUAUUUUAUUUUCAAGUUUGUUGGCAUUCGUUAGUUUAAAUAAAUUUGCGGUAGCUAAAGGGGAAAGAGUCAAGGCUGCAGCUAACUUUGAAACUGUAGCUAUGGACAUGAAUGCUCCAGCAAGUUAUAUGUCCGAUACAAACUGGUCAAUGUCCAAACAAACUUAUUUUUACCUAUUAGGAAUGAUGGCUGUGGUUUGCAUGCUAGGAAAUGCAGUUUUACCAGGUAUACAGUCUUAUUCAUGUUUGCCAUACAAUAACAUUGCAUAUCACUUGACUAUAAAUUUGGCAUCUAUGGCCUUACCUUUGGCAUUAUGCUCAGGUUUUUUUAUUCAGGUUCCAAAAAUCCAAGUCUUAUCUAUUUUAAUGGGGGUAUUUUUGAUAUUUGGUUCCAUGAUUUUUUAUGUAGCUCUUAGUUCACCAACACCCCCCUUGCAACAUUCCUGGCUAGGCAAAGCUUUUGUAGUAAUACUGUGGGUGUGUACUUCUGCUCUUAUUGGUUUUAUCAAAAUGUGCAUCACUACAAUUUUCCGACGAGACCCCGGUAAGGGUCUAUAUUACACUGGAAUCGCAACACAACUAGGUUCUUUAGUAGGAGCAAUUAUUUCUUUUGUUGUGGUCAACGAAACAGGAUGGUUCCGACGUUAUUCCCCUUGCCUCGAUGUUAGUCAUUGAACCUUUUGUAU